AUGGGUAUCAAGCGCACGAAGGACAAGAAAAAGGCUGCGAAACCAACAUUUGAUGAGGCCGCCCUUGCUCAACUGACAAGCAAAAUUGACAAGACUCUUGGUGGAUCUGAGAAGCAGGAGACGACGAAGCGCAAGAGACAGCGCGACAGCGACGAUGCCCCCAACUCGAAGCGACGCCAGACCAAGCCUCACGAGCAGCAAAAGCAAGGAGGGAGAAGCGACAAGCGCACUGUUCUCUUGGACGAGAUUCUAGCCCUCGGCGGAGACAAGGAGGAUCUCGAAUUGGUAGCCAAUCUUGAAUCAGACAACGAGGAUGGUGAUGCGCCCAAGUCCAAGCCUGCUGCGGCCGAUAGCUCUUUAGACGAUGCCCUCCGGCAAGAGCUAGCCAAGUUCGCUUCCAGCCUUGGCUUCCAGAAGCUACGUGACGACGAGGAAGACCCCAAUACCGAUGAUUCUGAGCCGGAAGACGAGGAUGUUAAGGGCGGGAAGGCCGAGCUAGACACGGAGGAAGAGGGCGAGGGGGAAGAUGAACAACAACAAGAAGACCAGGAGGAGGAGGAGGAGGAAGCAGAACUCGACGAAGAUCAGGAAGGUCAAGCGGAAGAGCCCGUGGCUGAGAAAGUGAAAGAAGUAGUGGACCAGCGGCAAGAAGCUCGCCAGGGAAAGAAAUCAGGCAAGCUGAUUUUUGAACCAAGACCUGAUUGGCACGGCCUCUCGAUGGAGGGUCUUCCGUCUACUGUUUCUGGCAAUGCCAAACCGCACUUCGCUUCGAUUGCCAACUUGAAGACAUAUGCGCAGGCGCUUUUGGACGAAGACUCGGCAGCUUUUAACAAAAAACAGUCCUCGAGCUCGACCCAGAGGUUUAUGUCCACCAUCAUGUCAUCCGGCACACUGUCGGACAAGGUAUCAGCCCUCACCUUGUCUAUACAGGAGUCCCCCCUUCAUACCUGCAAGGCUUUCGAAAAUCUGAUCGCGCUUGCUGGCAAGAAAAGCCGCGGACAAGCAAUCGCAGCGCUGGGGGCGCUGGUUGAUCUUCUCGGCAACGGUUCAGUGCUCCCAAGCGACCGUCGUCUGCGAGUUUUCGGUGCUCAGCCUGCACUCCUGUGCGCUCUUCAGGGACAGGGCUCUUCCCCAUGGACGCAAUCUAGCAAGCUGCCCGGCAAGCUUACCCAGUCGCAUUUGAUGAUGUGGGCAUAUGAGGAUUGGCUUAAAGAUGCCUACUUCCGCAUCAUCCAGCUCUUGGAGACCUGGUGUUCCGAUGAGAUUGAAUACUCGAGGUCACGAGCUCUCGAUUUCGUCUUUGGCCUUCUCAAAAGCAAGCCUGAGCAGGAGGCCAAUCUCCUCCGGCUGCUCGUGAACAAGUUGGGCGACCGGGAGCGCAAAAUUGCAUCACGAGCGUCGUAUCUCAUUUUGCAGUUGUUGAACCUCCACCCAGGAAUGAAAGCUGUCGUCAUCAAGACUGUGGAGCUCGAGGUUCUUCUCAAGCCAGGGCAAAGUAUGCGCACAAGGUAUUAUGCUGUCAACACUUUGAACCAGACAAUCCUGAGUACGAAGGAGCCUGCCAUUGCCGACAACCUUCUGCGGAUAUAUUUUGAGUCCUUCUUGUCACUGUUAAAGACGGGCUCACUGGGCGAUAUGGGCGGCCUAGACAGUGAGAAAAAGGUCGACCACAACCGGAAGAAGGACAAGAAGUGGAAGGGCCCCAGCACUACCGUUACUGGAAACGAGCAGGAAACGGCGCAAAAGCUAGUAUCUUCGUUACUCACAGGCGUCAACCGAGCCAUCCCCUUUGCCGGGGCCGAUGACUCGACUCUGGAAAAGCACCUCGAUACCCUCUUCCGGAUCACACAUUCAUCCAAUUUCAACACGAGUGUGCAGGCCCUAAUGCUCAUACAGCAGCUAGCCUCAUCAAAACUGUUGGCCGUGGAUAGGUUUUACCGGACAUUGUAUGAGUCUCUCCUCGACCCAAGACUUAUCACUUCAUCCAAGCAGGCGCUGUAUCUCAAUCUUUUGUAUCGGGCCAUGAAGAACGACGUCGACGUUCGGCGCGUCAAGGCCUUUGUCAAGAGACUGGUUCAGGUUUUGAGCUUGCACCAAGCUCCGUUCGCCUGUGGAAUCUUGUUUUUGAUCGCCGAGCUGCAGUCCAAUUUCCCGGACCUUCAUACUUUGCUUGACGAGCCGGAAGAUAACGAGGACGAUGAGGACGAGGUAUACAAGGAUGUUAGGGACGACGAGCCUCACACCCAGGCUCCUGUGCAAGAGGGAGAAACGACAACCCUUCGACGCAGUGGGGCCUACGAUGGCCGCAAACGAGACCCGGAGCAUAGCAAUGCCCACCGGAGCUGCCUCUGGGAGCUGGUACCGUUCCUUUCCCAUUAUCACCCAUCAGUUGGCGUGUUUGCUACAAAUCUGCUGUCUCGACAGGACAAGAAGCUUCCCAAGCCUGACCUGGCCAACCAUACGUUGAUGCACUUCCUUGACAGGUUUGUGUACCGCAAUCCCAAGACUGAGGAUCUCAAACGGGGUGGUUCUAUCAUGCAGCCUGUACUUGCGUCGGGCAGCGCCUCGCACAUUGUGGCAUCUUACAAGGCAGGAGCCAAACAGGCCAAGACUGUCAACUCGGCUUCAUUCUGGAAUUUGAAGCCCGAACAAGUCUCGGCCGAAGAUGUCUUCUUUCACGAAUACUUUGCCCGUAUUGGCAAGCCUGCCGAGGGCGCAAAGAAGAAGGAGGAGGUUAAGGUUGCGGCUGAUUCUGAUGACGAGGAGGCCGAAGACGAGAUAUGGGAAGCGCUGGUCAAUUCUCGGCCCGAGGUCGAGGGAGACGAUGCGGACGAGGUUUCAGACAUUGACAUGGAGGGCUACGAGGAUUCCGACGAGGACAUGGACGUUGAUGCUACGAUUGAUCAGGAUAUGGAAGACCUCGGGUCGGAUGUUUCUGAUGAUGAUGGAUUCGAGGGCAUCUUUGGAGAUUCCGAGGAAAGCGAAGACGAUGACGUUGAAGGCGAGGACGACAAGGCCCAGGGACCUAAGGAGGAGGCACCGAAGAAGUUCAGCGAGGCCAGACGUAGGAAGAAGGAGCUCAAGGCUCUCCCCACGUUCGCUUCAGUUGAUGACUACGCCGAGAUGUUGGCCGACGAGCAAGACGGGUUGGAAGACUAG